CUGCAGCUGCACCAAGCCACGGCCCUCCCAGACGCUCGACGCAGGCGCAUGACGAGACCGCUACCCUGCACAGCUCAACAGCAGCUUCCCUCGCUGCACGCCACACACACAACCUAGGACCUGUUCUCCCUCGCGCACCUGUCCCCGCUCCUGCAAGCCAUACCCCGCCACCAUGAGCGAGUCAACACCAGCCCGGCCAAGCGCCGGGCAGCGGGAGAUGAUGUAUUGCCACGAGUGCCACGACGAGUGGUAUCGCGACGAGCGAGGCAUAAUCUGCCCAGAGUGCGGGUCAGAGUUUACUGAAGUCAUAGAAGACGGAAACGACCCACGCGACAACGACAUGUACGGCCAUGGCCAUGAUACCGACGACGACGACUCCCUGCCUGCACUCGAGGAAGCGGACCCCCACGGUGUGCUCCGCGACCACAACCCUUUCCGCGCGGCUGAUGAUGACGAUCCGGAGGAGGCAGAUAUCAGCCAGAUGCCGCAAUUUCAAAACACACGGAUACAAAACACCGGUCCGGGCAGAUACCACUUCUCUGCCACGAUACAUCAGACCAUCCCGUACCCGGGACCCGCGUCUGCGCAGGCCGGCAACGGCGCUAAUCCCAUGGGCGGUAUCACCUCGUUCCUCUCAAACUUGAUCACCAACGCGGGCAUGAUGCGGCAGCAACAGGCAGAGCCAGGUGAUGGCCAGGGCGGUUCAGCACCACGGUCUGGCCUUGACGGCGCUCCGCAUGUACAUCGGUUCACGUACUCGCCUGGUGCGCGUCUAUACCCUCGCGAUGGUGAUGACCCAGGCCCUCGUCUGGAGCCUGUAGACGGCCUCAAUAACGUCCUCUCUGAACUCUUCGCGGCAUUCGGAGACCCCAAUGCAGCAAACAUGUUCCCUCCAGGUGCUGCCCCUGGAGGACCACCCGGGCAAGCCUUCGGCGGCAGACCCAUGGAUCCCCUCAUGGGUCUUUUCGCAGCCCUCAGCAGCGGCCAACACGGAGACUUCGUGACCUCACAAGAAGCCAUGGACCGCAUCGUCUCCCAGCUCAUGGAGCAAACCGCAACCAGCAACGCCCCAGGCCCUGCGUCGCAAGCCGACAUCGACGCCCUCCCCCGCAGGAAAAUCACAAGGGAUAUGCUCGGCGAGGAUGGAAACGCCGACUGUAGUAUAUGCAUGGACGCCGUUGCGCCAGAGGAGGAGGUCACAGAGCUCCCCUGCAAGCAUUGGUUCCACCACCAGUGCGUCUCCGCGUGGCUCAAAGAGCACGACACAUGUCCCCACUGCCGCAAAGGCAUCACCAAGACGGACGAAAACGCACCCAUAGACACGUCAGCGGGUGCAACCGCAGCUGCCUCGAGCGCCGACCCUACCGCGAACAUGCCCGGCGCGUUCGGCGGCGUCGCGGGCGAGGGCACCUCGAACAACCCAUUCGUCGUCCCGGGAAGCUCGCCGCCAGGCCCCGCACAUGAUACCAGUUCCAGCGCGCAGCAGGGCCACGCGAGUGCGCACGACGCGGCGGCGAAUGACAACGCGAAUGCUGCCGAUCGGAGGGGUUGGUGGCCCUGAAUGACUUCUCAUCCCCGGAGCCAUGGCAGCCACCGAGCACGGAUUUGCCGGCGGAGCAGGACGGCGUCGGAGGUCAUGGACGGAGUCGAGGUGGUGCUUAUUCGU